UAUUAACGUGUAGAGUUCAUAACCACUCAAGGGGAGACUUCUUAAAUGGGAAAAACCAGCAAGCGUGAAAAAAAAUCUAAAAAACAUAAACAUAAAAAAAGUAAACGGAAACAUAAAAAAAAUGGGAAGGACACAGAAAAACCAACAACCAGCCAUUCAACAAAGGAGGUUGCCAAUGAAAGCGGUUUCGAAAUCCCAGUAAAACUUAUGAACACAAAGUCGCAUACACCUAUUACACCGCAAGAAUAUCGAGAACGGCAAAGUCAAAUGCGACGUGUUGUUGAUCCGACCACCGGACGCGUUCGUCUUAUCAGAGGGGAAGGUGAAGUAAUGGAAGAAAUCGUAAGCAGGGAACAGCAUGCUAAAAUAAACAGUCUAGCAACCAAGGCGGAUGGGCAAAUUUUUCAACAGCAUACAAUUGGCACAGUAAAAAAACCGAAGUGAACAAUGAAUUCGUAACCUGAUUUUAUCUUCAGAAGAUUUGUCAAAGACAAUGCAAUAAUUUCACUAUGUUCUAGAAGUAAAGAAAUAUAGAAUAUUUAAAUAUAUUGUACUAUUAUUAAAUAA